AUGGACCUCUUAUACUUAAUCCUAUCCAAACUCUCCAUCCCCGACCUCUUUCGUUGCGCCGCUGUAUGCUCACGUUGGUUCGUCCUGGUCGAUGAGGUCUGCCGCAGUCAUGAUGAUCAACACCCGCAGAUCCCAUGGCUUGUGCCGGAAAGCCGAAUCCACAUUAACGGAGAAAAUAAUGUUCGAAACACCUAUGACUUCUUCAGUCUAUCGGAGGACCGCGAGUAUGAUAUCCCAAGCCACCCUCCUCACAUCCUUAAGAAAAUCGUGGGAUCUUCUUAUGGUUGGCUCAUAACCACCGACAAGGUUAGUAUUGCUCAGCUCAUAAACCCUAUCACUGGCGUUCAGAUUGACCUUCCCUCAAUCCCCACCAUGCACAACUGGAAUUUGGAGGCUAGGAAGGCGGUGUUGUCCUCAGAUCCCUCUCGAUGCGGAGAUUACAAAGUCGUCUUUGUAUUCUUUUGCCUUCAUGAGUUGAAAAACUUCUUGUUCUUUGUUAGCGCAGGAGAUGAGAAGUGGACGAUGAUCCCUGAACGUCUAUAUUACUAUGCCAACAUAGCCUUCCACGAUGGCAAGCUCUAUGCGGUAUCAAAAUCCAAAGAAAAUAAGAAGCUGAUCGUGGGGGCAUACGAUCUCUCUGUGCCGAAUUCAAUUCCGACAAGGGUGCGGGUGGCGGAUUUGCCAUACAUUAAGAAUUUUACUUUCAGCAUGUGCUUUUUUUGCACAUCUUCUGAUGAUUUAUUGAUCGUACGGGCAACUAUAGAGAAAGUAUCAGAACAUCAUCUUAAAAAGAUAAAGGUUUGGAAGGUGGAUACAAAUAAUGGCGUCAUUAUCCCAAUGAAUAAUUUGGGGAAGUAUGCUCUAUUUAUAGGCUUAACCUCUUCUCUUUGCCUUGAUACUUCUUCACUGCCGGAUUUGAAGUCGAACUCCAUUUAUAUCUUGAAUUACUUGGGUGAAAGCGUGGUUUACAAUAUGGAGGACAAAAGCUUCACCUCAUUGAAUUUACCUUUAUUGUCAUCUCCAAUGCGGCCAGUGCUAGUUUGGUUUACUCUAUCUUGUGCAUUCUGAUCCAAUGUAAAUUUAAAGUUUUUA